GGCCUUCCCUUUUCCUCAUUACGAAAUACAUUCAAGGAAAACUUUAACAAAAGCAACAAAAAAAUUGACACAGAAAUAUGAACAGCACAAUGAUCUCUACUGGAACCCAAACUCCCUUGUACACCUCCUCGAAGCUCAAUCUCUCAACCCAAUCAUCUUUUCUUGAUCCAUGUACUCACUUAAGGUUCAGUACCCACUUCCCCAAAUCAACCUUUCCUCCCAAAACCCAGUCCAAAUCCAUCAGAACCACUCCUGUUAAAGCUGCUGCUGCCGCUACUGCUAUUCCUGAUACCAUUUACGUCGACACCCAGAGUUUCUACGAGUUGCUAGGCAUCUCAGAGAGCGGAACCCUGUCUGAGAUAAAGAAAGCAUAUAAGCAACUUGCAAGAAAAUACCAUCCUGACGUUUCGCCGCCAGACAGAACAGAGGAGUACACAAAGAGGUUUCUUCAGGUGCAAGAGGCUUAUGAGACAUUGUCUGAUCCUGAAACUAGAGCUUUGUAUGACAGAGAUAUGUGCAGAGGGCUUGGCUUGAGCACAAUUUUCUCUGCAAGAAAGCGAACGGGGCAGGACUUUGCUGACAGGAGCGAGUGGGAAGAUAGAUGGCAAUCUCAACUUUCAGAUUUGAUAAAAAAGAGUAAUAAUUCCACAGAGAACAUGAGCUGGGGAGCUAGGAUGCGUAGCCAAAGAAGUUGCAGCAGUUAGAAAGUUAUAUAUUUACAUGAAAGCAAGUUAUAUGUGUGAAUCAAAUCCUUCCCUGCUAGAUGAUGUGUAUAUACUUUUUCCUCUUGCUUUUUUUCGAUUCAGAUAUCGUUUUGUUACGAUUCUGUUUUGAGGGAAAAGAAAAAGGGAAAGAUUUUGUUUUGCAGUAACAAGCUACUGAUCUUGCUUAUCAUUAGAACUUAAGACCAGAGUAUUUUGAAUGCACUUUUUGGUUUUAGUUCUCAA